AUGCUACCGUACAGCUCUUACGCGGCUGCUAUACAGCAGAUACAAAGUUUGAACCACGACUUGGCACUGUUCAGCCAGCAUGGUGCACACUACCUGCAGCAUCCUGAGCAUAGUGCGGCCACACUGGGCAAUUCGUACUUUGGACUGAACAAUUGGUCACUACCGUUUUCCUUUCUGAAGUCCGUCCAUCGACCGGAAAAGCCACCCUUUUCCUACAUCGCACUGAUUGCCAUGGCGAUCAGCAGUGCACCGAAUCAGCGACUUACGCUGAGUGGAAUCUACAAGUAUAUUAUGGAUAACUUUCCUUACUAUCGCGAAAAUCGGCAGGGCUGGCAAAACUCCAUCCGCCACAAUCUUUCGCUGAAUGACUGUUUCAUUAAGGUACCACGGGAUAAGACAUCCGGCGGCGGGGGUAAAGGCCAACCGGCUGACGAUCCAUCGGCCACCGGCGAUGGUGGUGGAGGAGGUACCGGAGCCGGUGGAAAAGGCAGCUACUGGAUGCUGGACCCGUCGGCGAACGAUAUGUUUGAGCAGGGCAAUUACCGGCGCCGCCGUACACGCCGACAACGCAACGCCAAAUUGAUCCUGAACGGCCACUUUCAGGGUUCACCGUUUGCGUUGGCCUUUCCACCAGCUGGACCGUCGGCAGGAGAUUUUAUGGGCACGUCAACGCACCUGCCACACGGACCCAUUGCCGGUAAUAGACGUACCGAGGGUACCACCGAUCUUCAUCAUCUGAUAGUGCGAAAUGAUUUGAUACAACAACCGUCAGCCGAUCUGGCAGAUCCUGGCGUGCUUUUGAUUGGUCCCGGUUGCUUCCAUCACCAUUCGCCCUAUGUCCACGGGGCAUCAUCAGCAUCAGCGCUAGUGUCUGCCGGGCUGGUAGGCGAUUCAGCAUCUUCCCUCGACCCAACUUCAUUAGCCGAUAAGAACGGGCAGGUUGGCAGUGGGAAGCAGCACUCAAGUUGGUCUCCAUCCGGAUGCCACAUCAAGACGCGCUAUGAUGACGAAAAGACCUCCCCCUCCGGAGAGGAAGUUGGCGAAGAAUUUUCGGAACACCCAUCGAAUGGCACACUCUCCGAAGGGGAGUAUGAAAAUGAACUUAACGCAUUAAAUCCUACCGGCGAACGGAAUCCCUCGGUGCAACGCACACGAAGCAGGAAAAGUGAUAAUUGCUUAGACCAACAGUUCUCCGCCUCGGUACACUUUUCUGCCCAAGCACUGGAUGCGUUUCUUCUCGGCGAACUGAGUGGAUUGCGUGUGAGAGGCAGCGAGCUAACGUCUCCAUUUGGGUACACUAACACCACAGCCACCCUCGCGGCGAGUCCCGAUGGGCAAAGUUCCAACUCGGGCGAGUUUCGACCCGGGACGGUCACACCGGAUCAAACGGGAUUUGCUUCAUUCUGUGAUGGUUUGUGUACACCUGAGAGCGCAUCGAAGCUACCACUUCCGACACAGGCAGCCAGCAGUGGUGAGAUUUGCGUGCCGGCCGUAACGAACGGUCAACCCAGUGCAAACAACCCACGACAGCUAUCCGGAAGCGUCCGGCAGCGCGAAAGUCCGAAAGCUGGAACACCGGUUGCAGUGAUGGAACGGCUCGUACUGGGCACGAAGGUUGGUGGCUUAAAGUCGAGCAAUUUCACCAUCGAAAGCAUUAUGCGACGGGACUAG